AUGGUGACUACGUUUCUCUGUGUUGACGAUCAAGAAAAGGAAGCAAUCAAUCCUUUUGCUUUGCUUCAGUUCUUUUUAACUAGUUCUGUUUUUUUUGGACUUUCAGAACCAACAUACUUUGAUGUACUUUUUGAUUCUGGAGAGGAAUUUGUUCUUAACCACCCGGUUUUACCAAUUACUAUAAUCAAAUUCAGAUGCAAUGAAAAUGCUACAUGGGAGGCCUCAAAAGAUCACACAGAAGUUCCAAGACUUGCCCAUGUGCAUGUAAAUUACACUAUAAAGGAUGAAUUCCUCACGUAUCUUAUAGACCUUGAAUAUAAGGGUGCCUGUCCACCAGGUGGCAGUGGAAGUUCUGAAGAACCCUCAAAACCUCUAAGUGUUGGAUCAAUCUUGCUUAUUUUAUUCUUUCCUGGACUAUUUUUGUAUUGUGUGGUUGGAGCACUGAUUAACAGAGGAGCUGGAAAAACGGGCAAGGAGAUGAUACCUAAUUCCAAGUUCUGGAUGGAGCUCCCAGGGUUAAUUUCGGAUGGCUUUUCAUUUGUUGUUGCUAAGAUUACAUGUUCUGAGAUGUCCACAUCACGGGAGACUUAUGAUCGCAUGUAAUCAUGGCUUUGCAUAUUCUUAGGCAGGUUUAAAAUCUAGGAUCACUAAUUUUGAGUGGGUUUAUCUUGAUAUGCAGUUUAGCGUGGUUUUGUACCUUGAGCAAUGUCUUGAACAAAAUGAUAACAAGGUUUGAGCUGGCUUUUAAUGAUAUGAUUGUACAAUUUACAUGUAUGGAACUGAGAGAUGUGAGGUGUAAGAGAAGAUAGGGUUGGGUAAUGAAUGGUUUCCCCUCCCUGCUAACCUUCCAGUUUUCAGUCAACCAAGACUGCUUAGUAGAAAGACUAAAGAAUGACUGUGCAGCAUUAGUCUCAAUCUGAAGUAAACUAUUAACAAACACCUGCAGAAAAGUGAUGCACAAAAUUGCAGGUAGUUCAUGUUCUCACUGAUAUUAGUGAAGAUAUUUCUUCAAAUUGAGAUUAACUCUGUACAGAUCAGCAAGAAUUUCAUUAAGGGCCAGACACCAGGCAAAUUGACCGGUUGUGGGGACAAUUUUGCCCAGCUGGAUUGACAAUGUAGCAGAACGUUUUUCUUACAAAGAAGUUCAGUUCUAAUAGUUUUGCUGACCUAUGCAAACCAGUUGCCCUUCUGCUGAAAACGUUAAUUAAACCCCGGGUGUGUCUUAAGUCGUUUUGUUCAGCAGUCUAGGUUAGCUCAAAAAUGGACUUUACUGAACAUGGCAAGAAAUGCCUUAGGAUUAAAAAAACAUCCAUAUGAUUCCUGAGUCAGGGUCAUAAUAAUGAUGGCGAGGGUAAAACGCACCAAUUUGAAAGGAUUCCUGGAACUGUCCCAAGUACAUCUGUUCUCCAUUGUAGAUCUCUUAUAGGAUAGGAUGGUUUAGUGUGUAGUAA